UGACGUUGUUGGAGGAACUUAUGGUUGGCUGCCUCGCACAGUUUACAUACAGUCCGUCUGCGAGGGACUAGAGCAAGGAGAAAGGUCUGCGAAAAAUACUGAUUCCAGCCUUAAAAUGCUACGGAUUUUGAGAGAAGCUUUGUUUAUUUUUGCUGCUAAUUACCUACUUGGAUGUGAAUAUUCGGUGGCAGCAUUAAAGAUCGACGGGUCUACCCCACUGAAAAGCGCGGUGGAAGGGGUAUCAAGUGUCGUGAGUAAAGCGGCAUCUGCUUUAACAAACACGUUUCUGCCUUCGCAACGCCAUCGCAUUGUGACAGACGUGAAGUUUGGAGGUCACAAGUUCGCCGAGAUUUUCGAGGACAAGAACGAUGCUGGUUCUCUAACGUGCAACCUUCUGGGCGACAGGAUACUUAUAGAACAUUUGUUGAAGUUCAUUCCAAGCGCGCUGGUCACUGACGUAACGAUGGAUGAAAUGGAAGUGUUCGUGGACAAGUGCGUCAACCGAGAGCCGGAGACAAAAAGGUCCUCCCUGUUGGAUUUAUUAGGCACCGCACUUCAGAGCCUCUUGAUAUACCCAGGUACCAAAUGGUGUGGGGCUGGAGACAUUGCCAACAGCUACGACGACUUGGGGAGGGCCAAAGAGAUUGAUAUGUGCUGUCGCGACCACGAUCACGCCGAUGACAACAUAUUGGCUUUCCAGACAAAGCACGGAAUCAAAAAUUCUAGGUUCUAUACAAUGACAAACUGCGACGAUGAUGAGAAGUUCUUCAACUGCCUUGUCAACUCGAGUAAUGUUGUUACGGCGUCCGUCGGCAUCGCUUACUUCGAUGUGCUCAGAACCAAGUGUUUCAAAUACGGCCAUCCUUUAAAAUGCACCAGUUACAAUCCGCUUCGUAUGCUGCUACUUCGUCCGCCUUGCAAAAGCCAAGAGGAAGACAAGUCUGAGCCUAAGAGAUGGAGUGUCGAGUACCCACCGAAUUUUUUCGAGGCUUUUGUUAACAGGAAGAAAUCCGGCCUUAUGAAUGUGUUCUCGGCACCAGAGGAUGAUGACGGGGAGUGUUAAAACUGAUGAUGCCAUUGAACCUACCGAAAUAUGCGUAAAAAUUAAAUCUAGGAGUUUGCAACUUGAUUGUGACCACACAUGUGCAUGUAGCUUUUGUCUCCCGCACUCGCCCCCUCACCCGUGUGUUGCGGGGUGGGUAGAUCACCUUAUCCGUUGAACAAUAAAGUUUAUUCUAUCUAUC